CAAUCGUACUGCGAUGGUGAACGGAGUUAUUUUGUUGUGGUCGAAAAUAAAAAUUGAUCGCAGAUGUUAGGAAAGCUUUAAUAUCUUGUUUGGAACGAUUGAGGUUAGUGUGUAAUUAGAAUUGUGAGAGAUAGUGAUGAAAAAAUAGGUGUUUAUUGCAAAUUAAGGUCAAAAAAAGUAAUAACAUAACAAAAAUUAAGUCAGGGCGACUUUCGCUCAGAGGGUAGCUUACAGUAUGCUUAAAGUUUGCGAUAUUGGAUUAUUAUGGCUGCGGGUGAGGCUGCCACAACAAAGCCUCGUCAAGAGAAACAAUACGACUAUCUUUUGAAAUUUCUUCUGGUUGGAGAUAGUGACGUUGGAAAGCAAGAAAUAUUAAGCGGCCUCGACGACGGUUCCUCUGAGUCUCCGUUCUGCGGUGGUAUAUACACACACACAUCUUAUAAAACUACUACAAUUCUACUUGAUGGAAAAAGAGUAAAAUUACAACUUUGGGAUACGUCAGGACAAGGUCGUUUCUGUACGAUAAUCAGAUCGUACUCAAGAGGAGCACAAGGAGUUUUAUUAGUCUAUGAUAUUACUAAUAAAUGGUCAUUUGAUGGCAUUGACAGAUGGCUAAAAGAAGUAGAAGAGCAUGCUCCAGGUGUUCCAAAAGUAUUGGUUGGUAAUCGACUUCACCUGGCUUUUAAGCGACAAGUUGGAGAACGAGAUGCAGAGGCAUAUGCUGCCAAGAAUCAUAUGGCAUUUUUUGAGGUAUCACCUCUUUGUGAUUUUAAUAUAAGGGAAAGUUUUUCUGAAUUAUCGCGUAUGGCAUUGCAUCGAAAUGGAAUGGAAAGAUUAUGGAGAUCAAAUAAAGUUCUUAGCUUACAAGAAUUGGCAUGUCGUGCAAUCGUAGCACGAACAACAGUUUAUGAAAUAGAUCAAUUACCAUUGCCAAUUUCCAUCAAGUCACAUUUGAAAUCCUACGCAAUGACAACAACUUCGCAGCUUCGUUAUAACGGGAAUAGAUCUCUAAAUUCAAGCAAAAGUCUUGGAUCUCAUCAUCGAAAGUUGCGGUUCGUCGGAGCGGGUCACAAUGGACUGACGACACCAGGCAAUUCACCUGGCAGCAUUUCUGACUCGCGUUCUAGUUGCGCUGGUCGUAAUUCUUGCGCAAUAUCCUGAGGGUAAAAUUUUGCCGACACUCGGUUUUAUACUUCUACUAAGAGACAUCAACGUUCUUCCGUUUGUGGUUUAAUUAAUCAAGCUAACUAAACAAUAUAAUGAUUGUGAAGCGUAGACGUUUCACAAUUAUUCGUUUGAUUAAUUCACAUGAUAUAUACAAGUAGACGAUAAUUUUGAAUCAAUUGAAUGUUAUAUUUUUGAAACUUAGAUAAAGAAAAUCUACAGUUCAUAGAGCAUUUGAUUUAUUCAAAAUAUAUAAAUGAAUUUGAUAUAUAUCUUAGAAUUUGUAUAAAAUAAUCGUUCAUUAAGU